CGCCAGUAAACACUGGAGAAGAAAAAGCUGAUGCUCGUCUGAACCGCUUUAGCCCCUCGAUUUAUAAAAAUAAAAGCACAUUAUUGUGUCUGGCUCUGAGGAUUUAAACCCCUGAGGUAAGUUAAACUGAAGGUGUGCGGUCGAAUCCCAAACACAUGUCCACUUUACUGUUUUAGUGAACUACGGUCAGUCUGAAAAAAUGCCGUGUGCACUCUAGAUAGUGCACUAUUUAUCCACUCAGGAGAGAGUUGUAGUUUGGCUAACCUUUUUAAUUAUAUGUUUAAAGUAUUUAAAUAAUCUUCACUUCAAGUUAAUUUCCACCGAUUUAUUUAUUUAUUUAUUUAUUGCUAAUUUGCGACUUCCUCGCAAUUCCAACUUUUUAUUUCUCGGAAUUCCGGCUUCAUUUCUCACAGACUUUUUUCUCCUCUGUGUGUUGUUUGUUUAUUAAGCCAGUCAGGCAGCGUUACCCCCUCUGCAGUAUGUUAAGCCGAAAGCUUGAAACAUUGAGAAUGAAAAUGAGUGAAAUCUGAGGGGAGUAUUUUAAUCAUGGUUUCCCGAACCGGGAGAUCUUGUUACUGGAAGAACUUUUUUUUUAAUCUUUAUUACAAAUAACAGCAACAAAAUACAAAUACAGUUAUUAAUACACACACAAACAACAAAGCAAGAGCCAGGGGGAGUUUUCAAAUCAAAACAUUAAAUAAUCAGCAAAAAUGAGAAAAUUUAGCAGCUUUCUUGUUUUUAGAGUUAGAGAUGAUUUUGAUAUACUGUUCAGUUUCCUUUUCGAAGGCUAUAAAUGAAGGUUUUGAGCGACUAAACUUGGCUUUAUGAAUAUGGUAUUUUCCUAAAAUGAUCAACAAAUUUAUUAUAUAUAAUUCUUAGUUUUUUUUUUUUUAUUUUGUUGUUAUGGAAACCAAACAGUACAUAUUUCCAACACAGAAAAAUCAGAGUCAAGCUUGGCUGUAAUGUACCGGGUUAUUUCUGUCCAGAAUGCGAUGGUAAAGGGACGUUGCCAGAACAGUUGUGUGAGGACAUGAAAACCGAGAUAUCCAGGGAUGGAGGGAUGUCAGAAGUCCGUGUGAAGAAAGAGGAGACACUGGAGCUGAAAAUCUACAACCAUGGAGACGACCUUGAUAAUCCACCUGAUGGUCUCUCUGUUAAAGUGGAAGAUCCUGACAAUAAAGACUACCUCUACUGCGAAGUUUGCAAAUCCUUCUUCCUCAACAAAUGUGAGAUUCAUGGACCGCCCCUCUUCAUCCCAGAUACUCUUGUUCCCAUGGGAGUCCCUGACCGAGCCAGACAAACUCUUCCUCCUGGGCUAGAAAUCCGGAAGUCCAGUAUUCCUGAUGCAGGCCUGGGAGUGUUUAAUAAGGGGGGUACUGUUCCAGUAGGUGCACACUUCGGACCCGACCAGAGAGAGUUGGUAAACGGAGAGGAAGCCAGGAACAGUGGAGACUCCUUGGUUGUAUACAGGAGCAUGCAGUGUGAACAAUACAUUGAUGCCAAAAGAGAGAUGCAUGUGAAUUGGAUGAGGUAUGUGAAUUGUGCCCGUAAUGAAGAAGAACAGAAUCUUGUGGCAUUUCGGUAUCGAGGGGGAAUUCUGUAUCGUUGCUGUCGACCCAUUAACCCAGGACAUGAGCUUUUGGUGUGGUAUGAAGAGGAGUACACCAAGGAACUCAGUCCUGCACCUACAGGAACAACCAGACAGCAAGAAGUAAAGCACACUGAAGUAAAGAACGCACUGCUGCAAGUCUUUUCCUGCUCUGCAUGUCCUCGUUCCUAUACAUCUCAAAUUUACCUCAACAAACACAUCCAGAGAUGCCACUAUAAAGAGUAUGUGGGACUACGGGAAUCAGGAGAGAUUAAAUAUGAGCUUCAGAUCCCCUCCAGAUGUCAGCCAACAUCAACUAAUACUCUCAGUUCUGACACUUCUCAUAAUGGUAUACAGAAGGAAAUUCACCACUGCUCAGACUGUGGAAAGAGUUUUGGUUAUCAGGAUGCAUUCAAGACGCACCAGUGCAUUCACACAGGAGGAAAGCCACAUCACUGCUCACAGUGUGGGAAUGGUUUUACUUAUCGAAGUGCUCUCCAACAACACCAGCGCAUUCACACAGGAGAGAAGCCGUAUCACUGCUCACAGUGUGGGAAGAGUUUUACUCGUCAGAGUACUCUCCAGCAACACCAGCGCAUUCACACAGGAGAGAAGCCGUAUCACUGCUCACAGUGUGGGAAGAGUUUUACUCAGCAGAGUGCUCUCCAGCAACACCAGCGCAUUCACACAGGAGAGAAGCCGUAUCACUGCUCACAGUGUGGGAAGAGUUUUACUUGGCAAGGUGAUCUCCAACAACACCAGCGCAUUCAUACAGGAGAGAAGCCAUAUCACUGCUCACAGUGUGGGAAAAGUUUUACUCGGCAAGGUCAUCUCCAACAACACCAGCACAUUCACACAGGAGCGAAGCCGUAUCACUGCUCACAGUGUGGGAAGAGUUUUACUGGACAGAGUUAUCUCCAACAACACCAACGCAUUCACACAGGAGAGAAGCCGUAUCACUGCACACAGUGUGGGAAGAGUUUUACUGGACAGAGUGAUCUCCACCGACACCAGCGCAUUCACACAGGAGAGAAGCCGCAUCACUGCUCACAGUGUGGGAAGAGUUUUACUCGGCAGAGUGCUCUCCAACAACACCAGCACAUUCACACAGGAGCGAAGCCAUAUCACUGCACACAGUGUGGGAAGAGUUUUACUCAGCAGAGUGCUCUCCAACGACACCAGCACAUUCACACAGGAGCGAAGCCGUAUCACUGCACACAGUGUGGGAAGAGUUUUACUCGGCAGAGUGCUCUCCAACGACACCAACGCAUUCACACAGGAGAGAAGCCGUAUCACUGCACACAGUGUGGGAAGAGUUUUACUGGACAGAGUGAUCUCCACCGACACCAGCGCAUUCACACAGGAGAGAAGCCGCAUCACUGCUCACAGUGUGGGAAGAGUUUUACUCGGCAGAGUGCUCUCCAACAACACCAGCGCAUUCACACAGGAGAGAAGCCGUAUCACUGCUCACAGUGUGGGAAGAGUUUUACUCAGCAGAGUGCUCUCCAAACACACCAACGCAGUCACACAGCAGAGAAGCCAUAUUACUGCUCACAGUGUGGAAAGAGUUUUACUCGUCAGAGUACUCUUCAACAACACCAGUGCAUUCACACAGGAGAGAUGCUGCAUCACUAAUCAUAGUGUGGAAAGUUGUUUACUUAUUCAGUUACAUUUAAGUACACUAACUCAGAGACAUUGCAUGAUUUAAAGUAGUCACAUUAAAGACCCACUGACAGGCAUAUCGUAUUAAUUGCUAAACAAACAAUAUAUGACUCCAAAGAUGAAUUCUGGUUUUAAUUCUUGGUUUAACUGUCCGUUUUAAACCUCAGAAGUAAUUUUAAAUUUCGCGCAGGGAGAUUGACCUGGAUAAGAAUGGGCUCAUUCAGAGAUGCCGGAAGUGACGUCACAUCAGUGUGUCGUUUUUGUGAUAUUGAGCUGUGGUGUUGUGAUUUCCUUGCGUGAAAAAGUUAAAUGGCGUCUAACCGAAAAGGGAUUAUAUGUGUGGCUUACGGGUGUUCUAACACCAUGUCGGAAGGAGUGAAACUCCAUUCCUUUCCUUGGAAAAAACACCCAGAAAUGGCAAAAGAGUGGGAAAGAAACGUUUCCAAAACACGUGCGAACUGGAAGUCAACAAAAUGGUCACGUCUCUGUUCAGCACAUUUCGAGGAGCACUGUUUCACUUUGUCGUCCAGAACGCGAAGAAUGUUGAUCCAACUUAUCCACUGGUGUUGGAGGAGUCAGCUGUGCCGACGUUGUUUGACAGGCCCGGGCCGAAUCAAUCUGUCAAAAGAGAAACAGAUGACAGCAGACCCCCCGAAGGGGCAGUCAAAAAGCGAAAGUCCGGUGGUGCCUUUGCCAAAAGAGAACGAACCAGGGUACGUGGCUAUGUGUUGUUAUUCAAUACAUGUAUGUUGUUUAAAAUUUGUUGUAACGUCACAAAUGCGUCUUAUACCAUUGCAUAUUACUUAUCAAUAGGCCAAAGCAGCUAAUACCAC